CUUUGUGUAUUUAUGCAGAGGGAGUAAAAUCAUUUCAAAAAGGUAUCUGUGCCUUAUAUCUAUUGUAGCUUAUUUAUAAUAUUCAAGAGAUGGAAACAACUUAAGUAUCCAUUGAUGGAUGAGUGGAUAGCAAAAAUGAAAUAUAUAUGGAAUAUUAUUCAGUAUUAUAUAACCAUAAAAAAGAUGGUUAUAUUACCGUUUGCAGUAGCAUAAAUUGACCUGGAGAGCAUUAGGCUAAGUGAAAUAAAUCAGGGAAAGACAAAUCCAGUUGUCCCACUGUGUCCACUGAGGAUUGGAUCCAGGAUCCUCUAAAUAUACUGAAGUCUAGAGGUUCAUAGUCAGUCCUCUGAUUCUGAAGUUUUCCCGUUUGUGGAUUCAUCCCACUACACAGAGCAUAGGAUUCUGUGUGUAUUUAUUGAAAAGUGUUCCUGUAAAAGUGGACCCAAGCGUUCAGAACUCAGCUUGUUCCACAUUUACCUGUACUGGAUGGUUAUGCUUACAUGUUGAAUCUUUAAAACAAUAAGACCAGCACCAAACAGAUACAGACAAAGGAUUAGUGACUGCCAGACCAGAGCAAGGUGGGCAGAUGAAAUGCAUGAAGGAUGUCAGAAGUUACACACUUCUAACUAUGAGGUGAGUAAGUCCUGGGGAUGUAAGACACAGCACAGUGACUCUAGUUAACAUGACUGUGUUGAAUAUUUAGAAAUUUCCCAAAGAGGGCAUCCCUGGUGGUCUCCUGGUUAAGAGUCCACCUGGAAAUGCAGGGGACAGGGGUUUGAUCCCUGGUACAGCAUUGCUGCACACAUGCUGUGGAGCAACUAAGUCCAUGUGCAGCAAUUACUGAGUCUGCCUGUUGCAGCUACUGAAGCAUUCCUGCCUUAGAGCUUGUGCUCUGCCACAGAAGAAGCUAUUGCAAUAAGAAGCCCAUCCAACACAACUAGAGACCAGCCCCCGCUUGCCGAAACUAGAGAAAGCCUGAGAACAGCAACAACCACCAAGUUAAGUCAUAAAUGACUAAAUAAAUGAAAAGAAAAAAGAAAAUUCCUAAAGAGUAGAUCUUAAAAGUGCUCAUCACAAGAAAAAAAAAAAAUCACUGUCAAAUUUUCUGAGGCUUGGAGAUCUGCUUCCUUACAGUGUCACAAGUUGAGGAGAUGUGUUCCUGGUAAAAGCCAUUGACAGAGGAGUGAACUGUAGAAGACGCCUUUCUCCUUGGGCCACAUCCAGUCCUUCUGUCCUGCACUUGGUGAGAGCAGCUGCCUCUCAGUUUUAUCCCAACUCCAUUUCCUGAACACAGUCCUGUGGAGUGUUUCUUAUAUGUGUCAGAUAUAGAAUUGUGAUGGCGUUCCCUUCCUCCAGUAAAGUCAACGUGCACUUCAUUGUCACUUCUUUGUUUUCAGGUACCUGGCGUGGAGUUCAGGAUGAGGAGACACCUGAACAGAGCAAAUCUGUAGGAGUGUCACAGAUUAGGACUCCCAGGGCAGGUUUGUCCCCUGAGAAGGUCCAGCUUUGUAAGGUGUGCAUCCCAGUUUUGAGAGACAUUUUGCACUUGGCUGAAGAGCAAGGAACAAAUAGUGGGCAGAAAGCAUACACAUGUGGGUCAUGUGGGAAACAGUUCUAUUUCAUUGCAAACAUUUGGCAGCACCAAAAGCAGCACAUUGGAGAGAAUCCCGUAUGCUGUAUCAUGGAGAGACCCUCAUUUUUGAAGAAUUGCACAGUUCUUGCAUCAGGGAAUCUCUCUACCUUCAUGGAACUUGGGAAUGAAUUCAUGGCAAAUAUGGGAGCUCAGCCACAGGCCACUAAUACCAGGAAGAAACUGAACAAUAGUAAGGAAUGUGAAGCUAUUUUUCACAGUGGAAAAAGUCGUCACAGCUGGGGAGAAGGCAAGAUAGUCUCCAGCCACACAGACAUACUUGUUCAGGAUGAGCGAGUCCUCACUAGUGAAGGGUUUUGUAAGUUCAAUACAUGUGAGAAAGCCAGCACCCAAAGAAAUACCCUCAUUCAGCAUCAGAAAGUUCAUGCUAGAGAAAGGUGUUAUGAAUGCAGCCAUUGUGGAAAAUUAUUUAGCCACAAAUCCCGUUUCCUUGCACAUCAGAGAUUUAACUGUGGAGGGAUGCUUUAUGAUUGCAGUGAAUAUGGAAAAUCCUUUAGCCAAAGGAAAUACCUCAUUGCCCAUAAAAAAAUCCACACUGGAGAAAAGCCUUAUGAGUGCAAGGAAUGUAAUAAAUCCUUUAUCCAAAAGUGGAGUUUGCUGGAACACCAGAGAGUUCACACUGGAGAAAAGCCUUAUCAGUGCAACCAAUGUGGAAAAUUUUUUGCCCGCAAAUCCAAUUUCCUUGCACAUGAAAGACUUCACACUGGAGAAAACCUUUAUGAGUGCAGCAAAUGUGGGAAAGCUCUUACUACUAGCUCUGGUCUCUAUUAUCAUCUGAGAGUUCACACUGGAGAAAGACCUUUUGAGUGCAGUUCCUGUGGGAAAUUGUUUAGCGGAAAUGGGCAGCUAAGUGCACAUAUGAAUGUUCACACUGGAGAAAAGCCUUAUGAGUGCAAUAAAUGUGGGAAAUCUUUUACAAGUAGAUCGAACCUUUGUAAUCAUUGGAGAGUUCACAAUGAAGUAAGGGAUUUUGAAUGCAGUGAAUGUGGGGAGUUCUUUUGCCAAAAGGCACAUCUCAAUGCCCAUAAGAAGUUUCAUGCUGGAGAAUGGGCUUAUGCGUGUAAUAAUGUGAGAAAUCUUUAACUGCUAGGCUGAACCACCAGUGUCCCCAGAGAGUUGACACUGGAGAAAGGCCUUUUAAUUGCAGUGAAUGUGGAAAAUGUUUUACUAGUAGCUCGAGCCU